AUACUGUAAUGGGAUUCCGCCAUCCGUGGGUGUGCGCAUGAUCUGAGCUAAAUUUGACGACUGCGCAUGAAGACGCAUCAGUGACAUUCACAUCCUAGAUUCUCGCGCCGUCCGUUCGACCAUGCACCAAUCCCAGUGUCUCGCGCCCUUGCUGCCAGGCAAUAUUUCUUCUAAACUCUCCCUUUGGGCAGCGCUGAAAUGGCGCCACGUGGCAGCUUCCCGCCAGAAGCAGCGCGCAAUUGUCGGCGCGCUUUUGCGCUCCGUCCUUCACUCUAUGUGCAAAACAGAAACUGUGCUUGUAACAGCAGAUACAACAACGGAAGGUACCACACCAGCGCUACAGAACUCCCUGUCAGAGCGAACGAGCGCAGGACACGUGGCGAGGACGUCGCUCCCUGCUGACGUGUGCAAGGCUUUGCUGACAGGCGAAGUAGAGGAGGAAGAAGAAAAUAGGGGGCGCGGGAGCGGGCAGGAGAGGGGGCAGGGAGAGGAGGAGGAAGGUGAGGGGGGAGGAGAGGGGGAAAAUGAGGGGGAAAUCCCGGGGAAAUUUGAGGGGAUCAAGUACUUACCUCCUGAAAAAUAUCGUCCGCCCUCUCGCUUCCCCUCUCCUGUCAACUUCCGCGGUGUGCCCCGACGCCCCCUUUAUAAGCACCUAGCGGCCGCGCUCUUUCACUACUGUCACACUGGAAGCUUGCCGUCAGGCAUGCUGACGUGUCAGGGGAUGGAGGAGAAGGAGAGGAGGCGAGGGGAGGAGGUGGAUCGGUGGCAUGGCACGGUUACGGAUGCUGGCGGGCGGCUCCUGGAGCUAUUAAAGGAGUAUGCUGACAGUGCUCGGAAGGAGAUUAAGGAGAUCCAGGAUCUUGAUGCAAUUGAGGCUGUUGACGAGAUUAUUGGAAUCGAGGGGAUAAAGCGAAAUGAGGAGAUUAAGGAGGGAAGCCCUCGGAGGAGGGGGCAUGUGGGGACGAGAAGGGCGCAUCAGCUGCACGUGCAGGCGGAAUACCUGGAGCAGCUCGCAGAGGGAGAAAAGACAGUGGAGGGGCGCUGCAACCUGCCUCCCUACAGCAGCAUCAUUGCAGGUGAUCUGCUCACGGUCAGUGAUACCCUUACUCUAACCGUUAAGUCCGUACGAGCCUACCCUUCCUUCCACCACAUGCUGGCAUCUCAAGGCCUCCCUGCCGUGCUGCCUGGAGUGAAGACACUGGAGGAAGGAGUGGCAGUGUAUCGUCGGUUCUACUCCGAGGAGAAGGAGCAGCGAGCUGGAGUGCUUGCAAUAAGAGUGGGCCCUGCUAUAACGGGGGCCGGAAAGGAGGAGGGUGUUUACCAGGCAUGCGGAUCUGCUGACGUGGAUGGACGUCAUGCUGAUGUGGAAUCUCAAUUGGGCUCGCUCAUUCAUCGAAUCCUUGUCGCCAUGGGUCCAGGUGGCGUGAGCCGAUUGGUGGGGAUGCGAGUGACUGAGGGGACCGUGCUGACUGCCCUUCCCCCCUCUAGCUCGGCUCUCCUUGCGUCGUUUCAAAAACCCGUGGGGGGCGGAGUCCAAGGGAGGAAGCAGCGGCAGAGGCAGGCACGGCGGGAAAUGGUGCAGAAGCAAGUAGAGCAUAGAAAGCAACAGCGAAAGAAGCAGCAGGAGCAGAGAGAGCAGGAGCAGAGAGAGCAGGAGCAGAAGGCCAGACUAGAUAUAUGUGCAUCAGAGUGCGAAGAGUGCUGCUGCUGCAGACGAGAGCCAGAAACAAGCCAAUCCGAGAGGAGUGAGGUGUGCGUGUGCAGGGGCGCGCUGGGGACGUCUGAAGGGCAAUCAGCUCACUUGGAGGCGUCUCGGGUGCAGGCCUCCGAAGGGCCGUCUCAGUUCACUUGCACGUGUGGAGGAGGAUGUCAGUGGGCGUCAGACAUGGGUCCAUCUACAGGAAGAGGUUCGGAGGCAUCAUCGAUGGCGCCAUGCACCACUGGUGACAUGCACAUGGUGCCAUGCACUACUGGUGACAUGCACAUGGUGCCAUGCACCACUGGUGACAUGCACAUGGCGCCAUGCACCUGCAGAGGAGGACGUUUGGAGGCAUCAUUGAUGGCGCCAUGCACCACUGGUGACAUGCAGAUGGUGCCAUGCACAUGCACCCGAGGUGCAGGAGGAGGGUCCGCUCACGAUUGUGCUCUUGACGAACUAGUGCCAGCUCCCUCACGACAUAUUCAUAGCCACUCACAAUCAGCACUUCUGAAGCCGCAUCCGCGGGCCCACGUGGAGGCACUUACAGUGGGAGCCAGAGCCCUGUCGAAACACUACCAAACUCAACCAGCAGUCUGCUCACACGAUCCAGAAUCACCUGCAGGCUCUCUAGCCACUCACGCCCAACCACCUUUAACUUCAAGCGUCCUUCCCCGAGGCAAUGUGGAGGCACUCCCAGUGGGAGCUGGGCUGCUGUCAGAGCACUGCUGCACACAGCGACCAGCAGUGGGCGACUCAGAAGCACCUACUGCCGUAGGGCACACACUGCAACCAGCACCCUCGAGGCCUCAUCCCCGAGCCAACGUGGAGGCACUCACAGUGGGAGCCAGGGCUCUGUCGAAGCACUGCCACCGGGGGCGUGAGGGAUUUUGGGGCGAUGCUUCUGGACCAGAUGCAAAGAAGAACCAGCACGCCUUGGCGUGUGUCAAGAACCUAUUAGACAAUGCCACGUGGAUGAAUGUGCAUGCCUUGCCGCACGACCUGCCAGUGUUUGAAUUGCGGGAGCCUGAAGGGUACGGGGCGAGAUGGAGUGCAGAUGGCUCACAGUUCCGAGGAUUCCUCGAGCCUCAGAUGCCUGAUGGCCAUGAGAGGAGGUGGCGACACUGACACUACAACAUUGCACAGGGGGGCACCUCAAGUGCCGCAGUUCCGAGGAUUUCUCAAACCUCGGAUGCCUGAUGGGCAUGAGAGGAGAUGGAGGCGCUGAUGACACUGCAGCAUUGCACGGGUGGGGGGGGCACUUCAAGUGCCUCAGUUCCGAGGAUUCCUGGAGCCUCAGAUGAUGCCUGGUGGGCAUGAGAGGAGAUGGAGGCACUGAUGACAGUGCAGCAUCACUGGGCAACAUCAUCACGUCACUCACACAUACGCAAGAGGCUCUUCUUGCCCCUUUCACUGGGAAAAAGGUUCAGAUGCCCGAUGGCCAUGAGAGGGGAUGGAGGCUCUGAUGACACUGCAGCAUCGCUAGGCUACGCCAUCAUCCACACAUGCGUGCGGGGGUUUUAUUGCCUCUUGCAAUGGAACAGGGGCCUCGGGGCUUUGAGACGGGAUGGGGCAGUUGACAACACCGCGAUAUUUCUAGGCUACACCAUCAACCACACAUGUGUGGGGGUUUUCUUGCUUCUUUCAAUGGAACAGGGGCUCGUCGCUCGAUAGCCAUUUGUGGAGAUAGUAGGAUUGGUGAUAAUACGACGUUUCUCGGCUGUGUCGUGUAACUCACUGCAGGGGAGAUUCCCGCCCCUGCCAACAAGAGAGGGUUGUCGGUCUUGAUCCUGCUACUU